UGAAUUAUUCUUAUCUAAGUAUCAAAAUCUAUUUUCAAUCUUUCUUUAUUUCAGUUGCAAUCUUUCUUUAUUCAGUUGAAAUCCCUUCCCCAAGCUUUGGGUUGGGGACUUCAUGCUUGUUUGAAUUUGGUACCUACAGCACAUGGUGUGCCGUUGACCCUCAGUCAAAUCAUUGAAAAUAAAACUUUUCAACCUUUUAAAAUAUGAGCAGUUUAAAUCAUGGCUUCUUAAUCUUUAUCUAAUUCUCUCUCUUUUGGAAAUCUUUCUUUUGAAUUAAUCUUUAUCCAAAUAUCUCUUUUGAUAGUGCUAGGAGUAAUAUAUGAAAAGCAAAUUAGCUAGAUAUACAGAGUUAAUUAAGGUUGGAACAAUUUCCCAUUGGGAUUAAGGGAGUUUGACCAAACAAGUACAAUCAGUUAAAUAAGAGAAAGGCUUUAUUGAUGAUGAUAUUGGGCACAAACGCUACUGUUCUUAACCUAAUGUUUUUUAACUUUUACUUCCUUGCAACUUUUCAGUGACUCUACUUAUGUCUUGUCCCUCUUUCUCUCUUCACUGGUCAAUUUGUUUUCAUACUAGACUCAAAUAAUUCUGUAGUAUUUCUGUUCCUCCCCUCCCCCGCUUUAUUUUAUGCGCUGUAGCUUACGUCUCCCUCUCUUCUUUGUCAGAUUUUGUUUUAUCGUAUAGAUUCGAAUGAUUCGGUAGCUUUUCUUUUCUCUUUUUUCGCUAGCUUCAUUUUAUGUCAUGGAGCUUAUUAUUGUAUGCUCUUAUUAUCUGGUCCUAAUUUCCCUCUUCAUUGGUUAAUUUUGUUUUUCAUACUAAAUUCAAAUGACUUUGUAGUAUUUUUUUUUCUUUCUUCAUUUUGUGUUCUGGAGCUGUCUGGUCUUGCUUUUUCCCUUAACUAGUUAAUCUUUUGUUUUUUUAAAUACUAAUUUCAAAUGAUUGUGUUGUACUAUAGUUUCUUUUCCUGCUUCAUUUUAUGUUCUGGAGCUUGUUGGAGUUAUUUGUGCUGUUAUUGUACUAAAAUCGGUAUUAUCGUUGUUUUACUUUUAAAAUGUUGCGCAAGGUUUCACAGGCGGAUGUCCCUUUUUUAACUGGAUAUGUUUGCUCUAUAAAUUGUUCUCUACAUCAUUAUACAGAAACACCAAAAAUAGCCCUUCUGUAGUGAAAUAAUUAUUAAAAAAUCUGGAGUAAUAGUCAAAAUAAAAAAAUCAUUGUCAAUGGUUAAUUAAAUAAAACCAGGUAAAAGGCAACAGACACUUCAUAAUUACUACAAUAUUAAACGAUAUUGAUAAAUUUUACGUCUUAAAUUAAGAAUUGGUAAUAUUUUAGGUAAAAUGUGUAAAAAAAAUUUUUUUUCACAAGUCACUGAAAAGGAGUUUACCACUUAGAUGUCGCAUUUUUGCCAUCACAUCCUCAGAAAAAGGUAAGCAAAGGUGGAGUAAGUGUGUUUUCAAAUGUAGGUAUACGUAAUUUAUGAAUUUACUAUUUAAGAAUUUAUGAAUGUUCUCAUGUUUUCUUUUUAGAGUUGUACUGACAAAUCUCAAGUUUGUCAGUGCUCAAACAUGAGAUCUCAUGUUUGUCAGUGCUUAUUCUUAAAGAGAAUUUCUAUUACUAAAAACUUCUUUUUUACAUACUUUUGUUUUUUAUCAGUGGGAAAAAAUGCAAGAAAGAAAAGAAGAAAAGUUUGUGAUUCUUUUAAGUCCAAUACCCUCUACUAUGCCAUCACUAUCAGAAGAUGCAUUACCAUCGGUUACAUCUGCAAGAGUUGGAAGUAGCACCAGUUAUAUCCAGAAAAAUGAAGCCACAUCGACGACUGGUACACGAGAAAACGAACUGGUGCCUCAAACGCUCACUAAAUCUCAAGCAGUAGCUAAGAGUGGUGUUGGAAACCAAAAGAUGACCAAAAAAUCCACCAGUAAAGGACAAGCACCUGAAACGCCCGCAAAAUCUGUAACAGUAGCUAAGAGUAGUGCUGGAAACCGAACGAUGGCCAAAAAAUCCAGCAGUUCGAAAGCGACGUCUGUUCAGAACAUAGGUGGUCGAGAACUAUCUGAAGGCUCGUCUGAUGCAGAUAUAUCGUCCAAUGAGGAUACACCGGUAUAUAAAAAACGUUGGAAAAGUGUUGGAACUGGUACUCAAACCCCAAUAUCGCUUAAACACCCCGCCAAGCGCUUGUCAUUCAGUAGAAAGUCGAGUCCGUUUUAGUUGGGAGGUAGGCAGGUAUGAAGAAGAUAAUGUAAAAGAAUUAAUUUAAAAUUUUCAGUUAUAUCAUUGACUCUAAAGAGCUGAAUAAAUACGUAUACUUUCUUGCGUUUUCGAACUUAAAAAUGAAAAUUGCCUUACUUAUAUUGCCUACAGAAAGUUCACGAACAUGCUUUUUUAGAAGGGUCAAUUUCAAUAGGUUUCAAAUUUGCUUUUGUAAGCCAAUAUUUUAUGUAAUAAAAAUAAAAUGCAUUUCAAGCUAUGAUCUGAAAUCAUUUUCCAAAAAAUAUUGUAAAUUAAUUAUUGUCUGGACACAGCUCCAAACGCGUAUUUAUGGAAAUGGACAACGCUCAAAAAGUCUGCUUGAAAAAGGACACAGCUCGUAAUGCGUUUUGACGAAAGUGGACACUGCUCGAAGUUCGUGUUUAUGAAAAUGGACAUAGCAAAAAUGUGUUUUUUCAGUUUUUAGCACAAAUUUAACAACUUAGUGAGGAAUUGCGUGCUGACUUAUUAAAACAGUAAAGCGUAAUCAUUUCGAUGCAAAGUUUCGGGGUUCGAGAUGGCUAGGUAUAUUACUGAUGUGACUUUUCAGGCGAUGUCUUCAUAUUUAGAACUCUAAACGAUAAAUAGAGUUU